AUGGCUAAGGAAGACUUGAUACUCACAAUAGACAGUGAUUCAGAAACUGAGCAACAACAAGAACCAACACCUGAACCAACUCCCAAAAAAACCAAAAAGAACAAAAAAUCCAAGAAAUCAAAAUCCGAAGUUGUAGAAGAAGAGGAUGAGGAUAAAGACGACAUAAACCCCGAUUUCGCAUUUGUGUUAGACGGUUAUGAUCAGACAAUGAGUGAUUUCACCGGAUGGGAUUUUGGCGUGAAUGGAGAAAACGACAAGCUGGGAAAAGAUGGAAAAGGAUUUAGUAUGAAUAAAGAUGUGGAUUUGGAUGGGAUAUUGAGGAGAAAAGGUGGUUUGAGCGGGUUGGUUAGUGUGAAAAAAGAGGAAGAGAAGGUAGAACAAGAAGAAGAGGAAGAUGAGGAAGAGGAUGAAGAGGAAGAAGAAGAUGAGGAGAGUGAUUCGGAUGAUGAAGAAUUGGCCCUUGAUGGAUUUGGAAUGGGAUCAAAUGAACAAAACCAAGAAAGCGAAGCCGAAGAAGAGGAAUCUGAAGGCGAAGAAUCCGACGACGAACCAGUUGAAGGCGAUAUGGACGCCGAGCACCCCGGGUCCGAUGUCGAGCUUAAUGAACCAGAAGAAGAUUCCGCCGAAGCAAUUGCCGAAUUCUACGCCGAUGAAUCAGAAUUAUCAACCCCCACGAAAACACAAACCCAUACCACCUUCCAAACCCUCCAAUUAUCCCGUCCGGUCUUAAAAGGGCUCGCACAAUUGGGAUAUACCAAACCAUCCCCGAUUCAAUCGGCCGCUAUCCCAAUUGCAUUAUUGGGGAAAGAUAUUGUGGCUGGUGCUCAGACUGGUAGUGGUAAGACUGCGGCAUUUAUGAUUCCAAUAAUUGAGAGAUUGUUAUAUAAACCGUCAAAAAUCGCCAGUACUAGAGUCAUUGUGUUGACUCCCACGAGAGAAUUAGCUAUUCAAGUCUGUGAUGUUGGGAAAAAGAUUGGACAAUUUGUUAAUAAUUUAGAUUUCGGAUUAGCUGUUGGGGGGUUGAAUUUACGUCAACAAGAACAACAAUUGAAAUCACGUCCUGAUAUUGUGAUUGCUACUCCUGGUAGAUUGAUUGACCAUAUUAGAAACUCCCCAUCAUUCUCAAUUGAUUCUUUGGAAGUUUUGGUUAUUGAUGAAGCUGAUAGAAUGUUAGAUGAGGGUUUCCAAACUGAAUUAACUGAGAUUUUAUCCCUUAUCCCCAAACAUAAGAGACAAACUUUAUUAUUCUCGGCUACGAUGAAUACUAAGAUUCAAGAUUUGAUUCAAUUAUCAUUACAACGUCCUGUUAGAAUCAUGAUUGAUCCCCCCAAAACCGCCGCUAAUAAAUUAGUUCAAGAAUUCGUCAGGAUUAGAAAAAGAGAAUCACUUAAACCAGCAUUAUUAUUCCAACUUUUGAAUAAAAUGGAUCCUACUCAUCAGAAUAGAAUCGUGGUAUUUGUAGCUAGAAAAGAACAAGCCCAUAAAUUAAGAAUCAUUUUGGGAUUAUUGGGAUUAAAAGUUUCGGAAUUACAUGGGUCCUUAACCCAAGAACAAAGAUUACAAAACGUUAAUGAUUUCAAAAACCUAACUGUCCCCAUCUUGAUUUGUACCGAUUUAGCAGCUAGAGGGUUAGAUAUUCCCAAGAUUGAAAUUGUGGUGAAUUAUGAUAUGCCAAAAACAUUUGAAAUCUAUUUACAUCGUGUUGGUAGAACUGCCAGAGCCGGUAGACAAGGGGUUUCCGUUUCAUUCGUGGGUGAAUCCACUCAAGAUCGUGCCAUUGUUAAGGAGGCGAUUAAAUCGAUUCAAGAGUCAGAUAAUGCCGGGAAAGCAGUGUCGAGAAAUGUCGAUUGGGUGGAAGUUGAUGAAUUGAAUAAAGUUGUUGAAGCAAAACUGGAUAUAAUUGAGGAGGUAUUACAAGAAGAAAAAUCAGAGAAGGAAUUAUUACAUGCGGAAAUGGAAUUGAAUAAGGCAAGUAAUAUGAUGAAAUAUGAGAAGGAGAUUCAAUCUCGUCCAAAGAGAACUUGGUUUGAUGAUAAAUCCAAAAAGAAUCAAACUGAAGUUAUGGGACAAUUAACUAAACAUGGUAAGAAAGUUAAUUCUAAAAAGAGAAAAGCUAUGGAAGUCAAGAAAGAAGCUCCUGGUAGAUCUUAUAAGAAGACAAAAAUUGAUAGAAUGACUGAUCAAAAGAAAAACCCAAAGGCUAAGAAGAAUGGAAAGUCAAAGGGUAAAAGUAGAAAAUGA